AUGGAAUCUACCCUCCUCGAGCACCCCAGGAGCCCCAACUUCAUGGACACCCCAUUUGCUUAUGACUCGAUUGCCAACCUCGAGCCGUACUUGCAGUACCCUCAGUCUCCCUAUGGUGUCUCCACGAUGUCCCUCCCAGGACCCUCGUCCUCGUCUCCCCGCUUGGAUUUCAAUUCGCUGAACCUCACCAACUCCAUUGGCGAGUACUCUUACUCAUCGAGCACGUCGUACACGACUGCUUCGCCAGGGCGCCCCUACACGCCCCCCGACAAUGGCAUCUCGCCCCCCGCUGUCUACUCCCUCAGCGCUGGUGAGCUUUCGUCGGACGGCCUUACUUCUGGCCGGCGCAGCCGUGGAAGCGGGACCCAUUCCCCUUCCUCCGUGCACUCCGUUCCUUACUCCGCUGCCGUGCCGCGGUCGCACCGCUUCAACCCCAUUGCGGCGCCCACCACGCGCUCUGCUACCAAGGCUACGCGGAGAAAGUCUCGGAAUGACGACUCUGAUGACGAAGAUGAUGAUUUCCAGCCCUCCAUCCCUGCCAACGCAAGCACUGACAUGCGCCGCGAGACGAUUCGUCGUCAACGCAUCGAGUCAGAGCAGAGGCGUCGUGAUGAGCUUCGGGACGGUUACCGUAGACUCAAGGAUGCUCUUCCGGUCUCCAACCAGAAGUCCAGCAAGGUCUCGCUCCUAGACCGCGCUACGACUCACGUCAAGUACCUCGAGAUGACCGCUCAGCAACUCCAGACGAGACUCCAGCAGGCUGAGGCCGAAGUACAGCGACUUCGCUCCGUCAAUGAGGCGUUGAUGCUCGGCACCGCUGAGCAACGUCACGCCGCUGCUGCCGCCGCAGUUGCAGCAGUAUCUCAGCAGUCACAGUCAGGUUUCUGA